AUGGUUAAACAAACCAUUGAUGGAGUUCGAGUUAUAAGGGAGCGUUUAAAAAUUGCGCAAGUUUGUCAAAAGAGCUAUGCUGACAAACGAAGAAGAGAUUUAGAAUUUGAGGUGGGUGAUCGUGUGUUCAUUCGUGUAUCGCCUUGGAAAGGGGUUAUUCGCUUUAAAGGAAGGAAGAAAUUGGCGCCGAGGUACAUUGGGCCGUAUGAGAUUACCGGACGGGUAGCGGCAACGGCUUAUCGGUUGGCUUUGCCAACGGAAUUGGCACGGUUGCAUGAUGUUUUCCAUGUUUCAAUGUUGAGGAAAUAUGUGCCGGAUUCGACACACAUGCUAAAUGAUAAAGAACCGAUGGAACUAAAGGAGAACUUGACCUAUGUGGAGGAACCAAUUCGGAUUUUGGAGCGAGGGGAGUGUAUCCUUCGUUCAAAAGUAAUACCGUUGGUGAAGGUUCAAUGGAAUAAUCAUUCGGAAAGGGAAGCUACGUGGGAGACGGAGGAGUCUAUGCGAAAGAGCUAUCCGCAUUUGUUUGAAUUUGAUAAGUAA